AUGGCGGACCGAUACUCUUUCUCCCUCACAACAUUCUCCCCCAGUGGCAAACUCGUCCAGAUAGAAUAUGCUCUGAACGCAGUCAACCAGGGUGUCACCUCAUUAGGCAUAAAAGCAACAAAUGGCAUCGUUUUGGCCACAGAGAAAAAGUCAUCAUCGCCGCUCAUCGACCCGCCCUCCUUGUCCAAAGUCUCUCUCAUCACACCCAACAUCGGCAUGGUCUACAGUGGCAUGGGUCCAGAUUACCGGGUGCUGGUUGACAAAGCCCGUAAGGUUUCCCAUACAAACUAUAAGCGAAUCUACAACGAAUACCCACCUACUCGUAUAUUGGUUCAAGAUGUGGCCCGCGUGAUGCAAGAAGCCACUCAAUCAGGUGGUGUCCGACCCUACGGUGUGAGCUUGCUCAUUGCGGGUUGGGAUGACGGUAUUGAGCCAGACACCGCGGAGGCUAAAGAAGGUGAAUCUGAAGCUGAAGCAAAGUUGGCGAGUCGAAAAACCGGCGGUAUUCUAAAGGGAGGCCCGAGUCUUUACCAGGUGGAUCCCAGUGGCAGCUAUUUCCCCUGGAAGGCAACUGCUAUUGGAAAGAGCGCAACAAGUGCAAAGACCUUCCUGGAAAAAAGAUACAAUGACUCACUCGAGCUGGAGGAUGCCAUUCAUAUCGCUUUACUGACACUAAAGGAAACCAUCGAGGGCGAGAUGAAUGGCGACACUGUUGAGAUCGGCAUUGUUGGCGAACCUGCAGACCAUCUACUAGGUUAUGAGGGCGUUGAAGGAGCAGUUGGACCUCGGUUCCGCAAAUUGACGAAGGAGGAAAUAGAGGACUACCUGACGAAUCUAUAG